CAUUUUCUUCCUGAAUGUGAUAUCUCCCGCCUAGCUCCUCAAGAACCCUAAUUCUCGGCUAGGGUUUCUGGGCAGCGAGGAUGUGGAUCUUGCUCGAGGCCGUGCUGCUGAUGCUCAAUAGCAUCGCGAUCUUGAACGAGGAGCGAUUCCUGGCGCCGCACGGGUGGGGUUUUGGCGACAUGUCGCAGCACGGCAGCCAGACGCUCAAGGGGCAGAUCAUUGGCUUCAUUCACGCUGUCCAAUACUUGCGCAUGCCGCUCAUCUUCUUCAAUCUCAUCGCCAUCACUUCGAUGCUUCUCUUCGGCUGAGCUAAGAUCGAUCGAUCGAUCCCAGCUAGAAAAAGGAGAAAAUGUAUGGCGCUUUUCUAGCUAAUCAAAUUUGCCGCAAACCCUAA